AGCAACAGCAACUUCAACAACAACAACAACAACAGCAGCAUCAACACCACUAUAAUCCUUACACCGGCGAUAGCAACAAUUAUAACAAAAUGCAUUUAACAACAACAUCGAGCAAUUCAACGGCAUCUAAUGCCAACAAUAACAACAAUAAUAAUAACAACAAUAACACAACCAACAACAACAACAAUAAUAAUAACUCCAGCAGCAACAACAACACCAGCAACAACACCAAUGGCACCAACAACAACUCCAGCAGCAGCAAUAAUAACAACAAUAGCACAGAACAAAAUACACCACCAACACCCGCCCAACUGCUAAACGAGGCCUAUACGAAAAUGACCUCGGAUAUCCUGGCGGAAAGGACACUGGGCGACUUUCUCACCGAACAUCCCGGCGAAUUGAUCCGCACCAGCAGUCCGCUCUUCGUCUGCACCGUCCUGCCACCACAUUGGCGCUCCAAUAAGACGUUGCCGGUGGCCUUUAAGGUGGUCUCCCUGGGCGAUAUAAUGGAUGGAACGAUGGUCACCGUCCGAGCGGGCAACGAUGAGAAUUAUUGUGCGGAAUUGCGCAAUUGUACGGCGGUGAUGAAGAAUCAGGUGGCCAAGUUCAAUGACCUGCGAUUCGUCGGAAGGAGCGGUAGAGGGAAAAGCUUCACGCUAACCAUCACCGUGUCAACGAAUCCACCGCACAUAGCCACCUACAACAAGGCGAUCAAAGUGACUGUCGAUGGGCCACGCGAACCCCGCUCCAAGACAAUGUUAUCCCUUUUAGGACAGCAGCAGCAGUUUCACUUUGCAUUUGGCCAGAGACCUUUCCACUUUUCCACGGAUCCGCUAUCCGGCUUCCGGAUGCCACCCAUUGGCAAUUGUCAGAGUGCCAGCAAUACGCACUGGGGCUAUGGAUCAGCGGCCUCGGCUUAUUCUCCUUAUUUGGCUAGCAGCGGAUUAUCGUCCUGCACCACGCCCACAUCCGCCCAGUUCAAUAAUCCGGCCUUGGGCUUCACCUGCUCCUCGAAUGAUCAGAGCAACAACCAGGACUUUGGAGGCGCCACCAAUCGGGAUUGUGUGCCAAUGCUUCCCGACUCCACGGCCAGUGACCUGGAUCAGCACCUGAGCAGCCUGGUUGGCUCCACCAGUGGCCAGAUGACGCACCACAGCCUGCUGGGAGCCACCGGCCAGACCUCCAUCUCAUCGACGGUCAACGGGGCGAGCAGUGCGGGUGGUGCCGGCGGUGCUGCCGCCGGUGGUGGCAAUGGCACUAGCGGCGGUGGUGGCAGCGGUGGUGCCGGUAACUCCAUUCUGGUGCCACGCUAUCACACGAAUGCGAGCAAUGAAUAUAAUGUUCACUCCAGCCAGAAUGGUCCACGCAGCCUGAGUGACAGCUCCCAGGCGGAGUCACCGGUCCAGGAGGAUCUCCUGUCCACCAAUACACCGAAUCUGGGCAGCACUGCGGCGGCCAAUGGUGGUGCGGCGAAUGCCGGCGGUGGUGGCGGUGGAGGCGGUGGAUCGGCGACAUCUGCUGCCGCAGCGGCGGUCACUGGGUCCUCGGUGGGUGUGGUUGGUAAUCCCGCCAUGCUGGGCUCUAAUCAGAAUUUCCCCGGGAUUGUCAAUCAGGCGCAGCAUGCCUCUGCCUCGGCCUAUGGCGGUGGAGCUGGCGUGGGCGUGGGCGUGGGCGUUGGUGUGGGCGUGGGCGUGGGUGGGGGUCAUGGUAGUGCAGCGGCUGCCGCUGCCGGAUGCAAUGGUUCCCUAUAUCCGGUUCUGCCCGCCAGUCUGCUCUACUCUCAGCUAUAUACCGCGGCCAAUCAAUCGGCCCAUGGCUUCCACUCACACACACUGCCCGGUCAUGCCUCCCAUUCGCCCAACUCCUCGGUUCACGGCGAACUCCAGAGCGUUAUGGAUCACAUCAGCAAUGUGGGUGUCCGUCAGCAGCAUAACAUCAUGACCGGCGGUGGAGUGACCCAUCCGGGUGACCUCACACUGAUCGGUAAUUGUGGCGCCUCUGUGAGGAAUAUCGAGGAUGGGAACAGCAAUCGGCAGGUGGCCGCCUUGGCCGCCCAUCGGGGUCACCAUAAUCCCACCGACAACGGGGGCAGCGUCUGGCGGCCCUAUUGA